CUCAUCUAUGGGACACCCCAUAGGGUCCCUUGUGCCUGCAUCACCCAGUGGGGCGGGAUGAUGCUCGCCCUUCAUCCCUAACCAUCCAGUGUUGGGCUUCUGCUUCCAGAGGGACCUGUGGUACCCGUCCCAUGGCUGAUUCCUAUGGGAUGUCACACAUCGUCGGGGGCGUGGAUGUGCAGCAGGGCACCUGGCCAUGGAUGGUCAGCAUGCAGUUCCCCACGGCCACCGGCUUCUCGCACAUCUGCGGGGGGUCCCUCAUCACCCUGCAAUGGGUCCUCACGGCUGCUCACUGCUUCAUCGGGCAAAACUGCACCACGGAUUGGUUCGUGAUGGUCGGAAUCACGGACCUGGCUUGGGCCAAUUCCGAGACCCAGAAACGUUGGAUCCAGAGGGUCGUGGUCCAUGAAUAUUACACCAAUGUCUCUGAUGGCUUCAACAUUGCCUUGGUGGAGCUGGACCAGCCGGUGCAGUGUGGGUACCACGUGCAACUCGCCUGCCUGCCCAAUGCGGCACUCAGGGUAUCCCAGGUCUCCGAGUGCUUCAUCAGCGGAUGGGGUGCGAAGGAGGCCAGAACGGGGGCAUCGUCCCCAUCUGCCCUGCAGGAGGCCACGGUCCGCCUCAUCGAUGCCAAGCUCUGCAACAGCAGCCUAUGGUACCGAGGGGCCAUCAAGAGCCACAACCUGUGUGCUGGGUACCCGCAGGGUGGCAUCGACACCUGCCAGGGUGACAGUGGCGGUCCCCUCAUGUGCCGGGACAACCAUGCCAACUUUUUCUGGGUUGUGGGGCUGACGAGCUGGGGCCGUGGCUGCACCAGAGCCAAGCAAUCGGGGGUCUACACCUCAACAAGGCACUUCCAUGAGUGGAUCCUCUACCAUGUGGGGAUGUUUCACUCCGCGGGAGCCUCCGUGACGCCCCCGGCAUGGAGCCACCAGCACGUCUCGCAUGCGCCCAUCCAGCAGACGAUGCCGGCUCCAACGGCCUCGAGCACCAGUGACAUCUGCUCCUUCCCAUACCGGGUGCUUGUGGAAUUUGUCAGUCGGGUGCAGGAGUUGCUGCAGGCUCUAAGGGGGAAGAAGACUUGGGGAGCGGCAUCGCUUGAAGUUGGCUUGAGCUUCAAUAAAGUUGCCUUAUUUUCCCAUAGAGAGGAUGCUUUGCAUGCCUACCUCUUCUUCUGGUCCAUGCGCAGGAAUGGGGAUGAGGGAUGGAGGGCAAGGAAGGGUGGGAAGCGGGAACUGGGAAUCAGGGAAUCAACCAGUUUGUGA